AGCCUCGCCUGCAAGCUAACCAAACCUAGUUUUGUGACUCUCUUUGCGUAGCACUGUGAAUACUGGCAGCACUGUUCUGCCACGGGAAGCAAGUAGGGUGCCCCCCAUCCUAACUACUCCCACCCACAUUUUUGAACGAGGUAAAGGACAAGAUGGCCGCCCUGACAAUAGACCCGGUGGAGGAGCCACGAAUGUACCAGCAGACACUCCUUCAGGACGGGCUGUGCGACCUGCUGGAGAAUGACAAGUUUGUGGACUGCGUCCUCAAGAUCCAGGACAAGGAGUUCCCCUGUCACAGGUUGGUGCUGGCCGCCAGCAGCCCCUUCUUCAAGGCCAUGUUCCUCUCUGACCUGGAAGAGAGCAAGAAGAAGGAGAUAGUCCUCAAAGAUGUGGAACCCGGCGUCAUGGCCAUGAUCGUCCGUUAUAUCUACACCUCUGACAUUAACCUGACGGAGCAGAACGUCCAGGAUAUCUUUAUGGUGGCAAACAUGUACCAGAUCCCCUCCAUAUUCUCCGUGUGUGUCUCCUACCUGCAGGAGAAGCUGGUGCUGGGAAACUGCCUGGCUAUCUUCAGGCUAGGGCUCCUGCUGGACUGCCCCAGGCUGGCUGUGACUGCCAGGGAGUUCAUAUGUGAGCGCUACCACCUUAUAGUAAGAGACCAGGACUUUCAUCAGCUUGGCCCUGGAGAGUUAGCCGCCAUCAUUACCUCCGACGCUCUAAACGUGGAGCGGGAGGAGGUAGUGUUUGAAUCUCUGAUGGACUGGGUCAACUAUGAUAAGGAGGACCGGCUAAAGGACCUGCCCGAUCUGUUGCACUGUGUACGCUUCCGUCUGAUUCCUAAGGACUACUUUUCCAAAAAGGUCGAAGGCCACAAGUUGAUCCAGUCCAACCCAGAGAUCAAAAAAGAACUGCAGCUCAUCAAGGAUGCCCACAAAGGAGUUCUCCCCAAGGCCAAGAAGCCUGACGACAUGAAGUCUGGGGCAGAGGGCGGGGAAGAGAAAGAUGAAGACGAGGAGGGUCUGCUUCCAGGGAUCCUCAAUGAUAACCCUCGGUUUGGGAUGUUUGAGACGGACCUGAUACUGAUGAUCAGCGAUACAGGGGCUGUGGCAUACGACCCCGUGGGGAACGAGUGCUUUGUGGUGUCUGAAUCCACAGAGAUUCCCAAAAACCACUGCAGCCUGGUAACCAAGGAGAAUCAGGUGUUUGUGGCAGGAGGACUUCUGUACAAUGAGGACAACAAAAAUGAGUCCUUCAGCUCCUACUUCCUCCAGUUUGACCCUGUGAGUUCGGAGUGGCUGGGGAUGCCCUCACUGCCAAACCCUCGCUGUCUCUUUGGCCUGACCGAAGCAGAGAACUCCAUCUUUGUUGUGGGUGGCAAGGAGCUGAAAGAGGGAGAGCAUGUCCUUGACUCAGUCAUGAUCUACGACAGACAGUCGUUCAAAUGGGGAGAGUCAGAUCCUCUUCCGUAUACAGUCUAUGGCCAUGGAACUGUGUCACAUAAAGGGCUUGUCUAUGUCAUCGGAGGAAAGGCAGAAAGCAAAAAGUGCAUUAGGAGGAUGUGUGUCUACAACCCCACCAAGUUUGAGUGGAAGGAGUUGGCUGCCAUGAAGACAGCCCGUUCUCUGUUUGGGGUCACCGUCCAUAAAGACCAGAUCUACGUGGCGACGGGGGUCACGGACUCUGGCCUCACCAGCGUCGUGGAAGUUUAUGACAUUGCCACCAACAUGUGGUCUGAGUUUUUGGAGUUUCCCCAGGAGCGUAGCUCCCUCAGCCUGAUCACCAUGGAGGGGUGUCUGUACGCAGUGGCGGGCUUUGCCAUGAUGCCCAGUGAGACCAGCGAGAAGCCGGUACCCACGGAGAUGAACGACAUCUGGAGAUUUGAUGAAGAGGAAAACUGUUGGAAUGGGAUCUUGCGAGAGAUAAGCUAUGCAGCAGGUGCCACAAUUCUUCCUGUGAGACUCAACACUCUGCGUCUCACCAAGAUGUAAUCAUCAGUCUUGAAAGAAGAUGUUUCAUCCACAGAAUGAAGAUGCCACCGCUAAUGAACUGUUUCUGGGAAAAACACUUGCAGUAUGGAAUUUUGACGCUCCAUGAAAUUAAAGUUUUGCCUUUUGAACAAUUUCCAGUAGGGGGAGCUAAAAUACACAAAGUUUCACUAAUGCAGGAACAAGGGCCUUGACAUGAAUACAUAUUAAAAAUGACUGUCUUUAUGAAAGGUGUUUGUUUAAAUAGAAUUUGUACAUCUUUUCUUUGCUUUUUGCUAUGUUUUAUGAGCAGAAAUAAAAAACAAGAUGGUUUUCUGUAAAGGAGUUUUUGUACUCGUAACAUACAUGUAUUUAGGAUCCCUCUCAUAUGUCAGAUGGUACUACAGUAUGUACCUUAAGUUGUGAACAAUAGUAAUAUAUUGCACUUCAAUUGUUCUGAAAGGCUUUUCUUAGGCAAUGUUAACACCACCAUUUAUGAUAAUAAGAUGAAAGCUAAUGUGAUUGACAGAAUAGGACUUGACAUGAGCAUGUUCCCUAUGUUUCAUAGAAGUCAUAUAUUUGAUUCUUUGUUUCUUUGAUUGAGGAAGGAUCCAAGAAGUGUUUCAUCUGAGCCCAGAGUGAAGGAAUGUUUUUUUGUGUGUGUUUUUUUAUUUUUCUUCCUAUGAAAAUCCUGUCGCUCUUUACCCCGGUCAUCGCCUGUUUGGGAUACAAAGGGCAUCCAGGCGCUUUUGAACUUCAGUUAACUUUAAUCUUACUAAGGGAGAAGAUAGAAAAGAGAAUAAUACAACUAUAGCCUCAGUGAUUUGGGUGCUUGGCUUCUUGUCAUGGACCUCUCAAAAAAGUAAGUUCUGUGAAAUUAAAUCCCGCCACACUAAUAAAACAGUUACACUCUUCAA